CCUGGCUUACACGUAUGUGAGUUCGCGAAGACGUAUUGCGACGAAAGACAAAGUAUGGGCUUUUAAAGUGACAAUACCUCGGACGAGCUUAGCACCUGUCGCCUCGCAUCUUGAAAUGUACGAACCGAAUCCACAACGAAUGUGCAAUGUUUCGCAAACCACCGAGAAAGAACAAGCCAAGUUGCAGAAGAUCAAAGAACUGACAAGCAUCUUAAAGGACACGGACAAGAAUCUCACCAUAUGCGAGGAAAUACUGACGACUUAUGUAAAGAAACGAUUGAAGGAAAAAAGAGAAGAGAUACAAAGAAGGAACGAAUUGGAAAACAGGAUGGCCGAAAUACUGGAAAAUUUAAAAACGCGAUUGUUGGUUGAAUAAGGCAAAUCUUAAAUAUAUAUUAAAUGUACAUCUUUACUCAUGAUUUAUAUGGAUAAUGUAUUGCGUUUACGUCACUUGUUCUUACGUUCUUUAUCUCGUAAGAAAAUAAAAUUAUAUGAUCU